AGAGAGUUGUGAAAAUCUUCAUUACCUUAUCAAUGCUUUGAAUUUGAUUGGUUUGUGGGAAAAACGAAAGAAAAAGAAAUGGAAACGCCGCCGGCGGAGGAGCUUUUGAGGAAGAUUCAAGAACUAGAAGUGGGGCAUGCGAAUCUCAAGCAAGAAAUGUGCAGAUUGAAACAACCCGGUGGUGAGUCAAAGCUCAACACAACUCGUCAAAGAUCCCACUCUAGUUCCCCUCAGCGCCGCCGAUUCCUCGGGAACUCGGCGGCGGCGGCUGCUUAUCGGAAGAAAGCUUCGGGUCCUAUUCGGCAUUCUUCGCCGUUGCAAAGAGAGAGCAGUAGAAAUGACACCUUAAAUGGAAGCAACGGCGGCGGUGGGGCGGGCAGCGAAGGAGGAAAAACUGAGAAUACUGGACCAGCUGCCAUUAAUUUCACUAACAACCAGUAUUUAAAGAUAUUACAGUCCAUGGGUCAAUCUGUUCAUAUAUUUGAUCUUACUGGCCGUAUAAUUUAUUGGAACCGGGCUGCUGAGAAACUUUAUGGUUAUACAGCUGCAGAAGCUUUAGGGCAAGAUGCCAUUGAGCUUCUUGUUGAUCCUAGGGACUUUUCUGCAGCUCAGGAUAUAGUUCAUCGGGUUAUAAUGGGGGAGAGUUGGACCGGGCAGUUUCCGGUUAGGAAUAAAACCGGGGAGCGGUUUCCGGCUAUUGCGACUUAUACUCCGUUUUAUGACGAUGAUGGUUCGUUGGUCGGAAUCAUUUGUGUUUCCACUGAUUCUAGGCCUUUUCAAGGCAUGAAAGUUGCAUUAGCAGCUGAAAGACAAGUCGAAGGAGAGUCUGCGUUUAGCCGGGGUAAAAAUGCAGUCUCGGCUAAACUCGGUCUUGAUCCUCAGCAGCCUUUGCAAACUGCAAUUGCAUCGAAAAUAACGAAUUUGGCGUCCAAGGUGAGCAACAAAGUGAAGUCGAAAAUUAGAACGGGUGAGAAUUGUUCUGAUCAUGAAGGGGCAAGCGGAGAUAGUCAUUAUCCCAAUCAUGGUUUGUCAGAUGCAGUUCUUUCUGAUCAUAAAGAAGAUGCAAUUUCCAGUGGAGCCAGUACACCUAGGGGAGAUGUACACCCUUCUGCAUUUGGUGUAUUUUCGCCUUUCGACGAGAAGUCCCCGGUGAAAACCUCUAGAGAUUCCGGUGACGAGAGUGAAGGAAAACCUGCAAUCCAAAAGAUUAUGAACAUAAUGGGUAAGAAAGGGAUAUCAUGGCCUUGGAAAGGGAAUGAUCGAGAAGGAUCAGAGUCUAGGACUACACGUUUCGUGCGGCAUUGGUUGGGUGACGAUCAAGAGAACGAAACGUUUCAACCAAAGAACCUAUAUUCUGGUACGAAAUCUGAAGUCCAUAUUAAUGAGAACAAUAGACCCGGCAAUAAUGAGGCAUCAGGUUACUGGUCAUCUGUUAAUGUUAACAGCACAAGCAGUGCCAGCAGCUGUGAUAGUAUCGGCAGUGGUGCUGUUAAUAGAGUCGAUAUGGACACUGACUGUUUAGAUUACGAAAUCCUGUGGGAAGACUUGACAAUUGGAGAGCAAAUUGGGCAAGGUUCUUGUGGAACCGUGUAUCAUGGUCUGUGGUAUGGAUCGGAUGUUGCCGUCAAGGUGUUCUCGAAGCAGGAAUAUUCAGAUGAUGUGAUACUUUCCUUUAGACAGGAGGUAUCUCUGAUGAAAAGACUUAGGCAUCCAAAUGUUCUGUUGUUCAUGGGAGCUGUUACUUCACCUCAACGUCUCUGUAUUGUCACAGAGUUCCUUCCACGUGGAAGUUUGUUUCGCUUACUACAGAGAAAUACUACCAAGUUAGAAUGGAGACGGCGUGUUCAUAUGGCUUUGGAUAUUGCCCGGGGAAUGAAUUAUCUUCAUCAUUGCAAUCCACCUAUCAUUCAUCGUGAUUUAAAGUCGUCAAAUCUCCUAGUCGAUAAGAAUUGGACCGUGAAGGUUGGCGAUUUCGGUUUGUCGCGUCUCAAGCAUGAAACAUAUCUCACAACAAAAACCGGAAAAGGAACUCCUCAAUGGAUGGCACCGGAAGUUCUUCGAAAUGAACCCUCGGACGAGAAGUCCGAUGUAUAUAGUUUUGGAGUCAUUUUAUGGGAGCUUGCUACCGAGAAGAUACCAUGGGAUAAUCUCAACUCAAUGCAGGUGAUCGGAGCUGUGGGGUUCAUGAAUCAACGGCUAGAUAUUCCGAAGGAAGUAGAUCCAAGGUGGUCUUCUAUAAUCGAAAGUUGUUGGCAAAGCGAUCCACAAUGCCGGCCAACGUUCCAGGAUCUACUGGAAAAGCUUAGAGAUCUUCAAAGACAGUACACGAUCCAAUUUCAGCAAAUUCGUAAUUUGGCCGGAGAUGGCUCUCGAAAGGAUUCUUGAUCGAACGUAUGUGUUGUUACCAGUUCUCCUUCAAGCAAAAGCUGUAAAGCACAGGCAAGGUGGUAGAUCUUUUGCCAACAUUUACACCCAUAGUUGUUCAGUCGACGGCUUCAACUGUUACGCUGCACCAGCACGGCAAAACUCGGGCCAAAAGACCAAUAAAAAAGGCAUAUGUUGGCACCAUGUGAGUUUUAAUUUGCCAUAGUUUAGUUGUUGAGAUUAUUGUUUAUAUAAUCCGACAUCAUGAAAAUCUGUUGAUGGUGCUGUGUGAUUAGGUUCAUGUUAGGACCACUAAGUGAAAAUGUACAUAAUACCGAAAGAAAACAAA